AUGGCGUCUCCCGCGACUACCAUCGAGAAGGUCUAUCAACCGGAAAAGUUGCCGCCAAGCACAUGUCAUCUCGCUUACACGGCCUGCAAAAAUGAUCCGGAUUGUAGAAACUUGUUGCAACCUGUUCUGAACCACUGCGAUCCGACGAUGUGCGCGCGAAACGCGUGUCUGGACGCAUUGCAACACUUCUACGAGAACGCCAACCACAAACAUUCCGUGGAAAUUGCCUUUUGCCUCUGCAGGAAAACAGACGGCAAAAAGGACGAGUGCAUAAUGGCGAAGGAGAAAAUGCAUCCGAGGUGCGCGGUGCGCAUAAGCGACGCCGAAACGCCGGCGUGUCACAAACUGGCUCAGACUUGCAAAGAGAACAAAACCUGCAGGUCGAGACUGGAAUAUUACGAGCAGAACUGCGCGGUCGACAGCGUGACAAAGAAAUGCGCCGGACCGACCUCGGAAUGCAGGAAAGCGAUGCUGGGCAUUCUAGGCACCGAGCUCCAUACCAAUUGUGUCUGCAAGGGCAGUGAGAUCAACCAAAUGUACGGAUGUUUGGGCUGGCAGCGGCUCCUUUGGGUAAAUCCCUGCGUAGUGGAGUCACAAAAAGACUAUCAUGGACGUAGGAAACAUCAUCAGUUGCGAACGACGACGAUGAAGACGACGACAAUAGUUGUCUCGUCACCAGUGAGCACUACGGCGACCACUACAGCCGAACUCGAAGAUAAUCGAACACCGAAAGUGACGGCGUGGUCGACCGCCGAACCCGCGGAAACUUGGGAAAUCACAACUACUACUAGCACUACCGUUAGCAGCACCACCAUAAGCAGCACUCCGAGCACCACUACGACCACCACUCAGGCGCCACGCUUCUGCGCGGUUCAGAGGGCCGGGCACAGAAGUCCCCAAUACAUAAGAGAGGGCAAAGGCAAAAGGCUUUAUCGUGACGAGGAACCCGAAUGCUCGGACGUCUGUCAUUGCGAGAAAGUCGAUCAGGUCUCCUGCAACACUAUCUGCGUCGAGUCUUUCUCCUGCCAAACGGACUUCGCUUUCUACAACCACGAAGCACCGGCCUACCAGGCGCAUCGGGGUCCAUGUCUGUGUUAUAGCGGCAGCUUCAUAUGCAUGCGGCCUACGCCUAACUCAUAUAAUAUACCGCACGGGGUUUUCAUGUUCCUGGGAUACAGCGAGAAGGACGAGAGCUUAUUGAAGAAGCACAACAACAUGACCGUGCUGGACGCGGUGUCGUCUCUCGACGAUUUCAUGAGAGAGGAAAUCAAUAAUCAGACAAUAUGCACGCUCGUUCUAUACAACUCGACCCGAGAAAACGUGAUUGCAGUAGCGCGUCUCGAGACCGACAAUCUACCCUUAAAUAGCAGCCAGGGACAGAGUCCACAGCACCUGCUGCGCGUCAAGGAGGAGUGCGCGUCGACAAUGAAGCAGGUGAGUGACAAGAUCAACAACAAGCAUCACGAGGUGCACACGCAUCCGCUGCUGUCGAUCUUCAAAAUGGCCGAGGUCGAGGUGAGGAUGCCGUACAGCGACGAGGCGGCGAUUUCCCAGCCGUCGUCAGCGCUUCUCGUCGUUCUACUCGCGUUCUUUAGCCUUUACUCGUCGACGUGUCUCUUCGGUUCGUGACAGGGGCACCGGGGCAUCACGAAGACUUUGUAUCGAACGUCUCCCCCGCGAUGGAUCGCCACGUGUCGCGUGCACAUAGUCGCGAAGGCUCCGCAGUCGUUCAUCCAGACGAGAGAAGACUCGCACUCUUGAAAGGCACUCAGAUCAACGAAGGGAAAAAUGUUCCCACCUUCUCUUCUCGAUUGCCGUGCGGAUCGGCAGAUCGCAGGAAUCGAUCGGCGUUCCGCACAGCGAUUUCUCCAUGCGUUACCGUCGGAUCGCGAAUCGCUCACACCA